UAAAAUUACUAGAAUACCCCUAUGUCGCUUGGGAAAUUGGAAUAACCAAGAAUCCCCAGCGCAGCUCCUUCCUUCCUCCAUCUCCUUGCGUUUUUAUUUUCUUCUUCUUUCUUCUUCUCCUUCUCCAUCAUUUCUUCUUCUUUCUCGCUCGUUUCUAUUCAUCUCCUGGAACGAUCAAUACGACAAGUUUCGAUUCAAUCUUCUCUUUUCGAUUUUCUCCGACCAAUUGCCGCCGAUUAUCGCCGAUACUUGUUUCUUUUCUCGACACGUGAUGGAACAUGAACAAAAUGGCUCACAACUUGAUGAGUCUGCGGCAAAUGAAUGUGUCUCUGACCCCAUAGGGAGCAACGAAAACAGUCAAAUUAAUAAUCACAGUGAUGUAGGGAUGAAUGAACGCCCCUUCAUUUAUCGGCAAGAUAUUGUCAAGAGCAACAAAACGGGUAGUAUCGGGGUUGUGAGCGAAGUAGCUGGUGACUCCGACUCUGAAAGUGAAAGUGAUAUUAGCGAUGAGGAAGAUGAAGAAGACGACAUUGAUGAAGACGGUGAUGAUGAAGAAGGGAAAAGGGGCAAUGAAGAAAUGGGCGGUGAGGGAAACAAUGCUUCUGGUGAGAAAAAAGCUGAUGGCAACUACAAGUGUGGCGAACUUGAGGUCGACCAGAUUCGUGUGCUAUGGAUAGACGACAUGGAGCCAGUACAAGAUAUUAAGAAUGUAACAGUUGUUGACCGUGGUUUCUUGCAUGGAGAUUAUGUUGCUUCAGCUUCCGACCCAACUGGACAGGUAGGAGCUAUAGUGGACGCAAACAUCUCAGUAGAUUUAUUGGCUCCUGAUGGUUCUAUCCUCAAGGACAUCUCAACCAAAAAGUUGAAACGAGUGAGGGACUUCACUGUCGGUGACUAUGUAGUCCAUGGCCCCUGGCUAGGUAGAAUUGAUGAUGUAUUGGACAAUGUGACUGUGAUGUUUGAUGAUGGUUCUGUGUGUAAAGUUGUCCGUGUUGAACCCCUUCGUUUAAAACCAAUUCCCAGGAAUAACCUUGAAGAAGAUGCAAGCUUUCCAUAUCAUCCGGGCCAGCGUGUAAAGGCAAGCUCUUCGUCAGUGUUCAAGAAUUCUAGGUGGUUAUCUGGCUUGUGGAAGCCUAAUCGGUUAGAGGGUACUGUGACCAAUGUUACUGCUGGAUCUGUUUUUGUGUAUUGGAUAGCAUCUGCUGGAUUUGGACCAGAUUCUUCUGUUGCUCCACCUGAAGAGCAGAGUCCUAGUAAUUUGACAUUGUUGUCAUGUUUCACUCAUGCCAAUUGGCAAGUGGGUGACUGGUGCCUUCUACCAUCGUUGAAUCAGUCUUCCAAAAUUCCAUUGCAUAAGCAUGUAUCUAAAUCACGACUUCAAGAUUCCGCGCCAAAUGAUGCAGAUGGGCAACAGGAAAGUGGGUGUGAUCUAGAAGAUGCGCAAGAAGAUCUGGACGAUAACAAAGAAUCUAUUGAUGCUGCUGCUGCUGCUGCUGAUGGGGCUUUGCCGAAAGAAACUAGUGUAGAUCUUACUCAAAGAGCAUCUUCCGUUUUGAAGGAGCCUGCUCAUGAACCUUGGCCUCUCCACCGCAAGAAGAUUCGUAAACUUGUUAUCAGGAAGGACAAGAGGGUAAAGAAAAAAGAGGAAAGCUUCGAACAUGCCCUUUUGAUUGUUAAUAGCAGAACAAAAGUUGAUGUAGCCUGGCAAGAUGGAACAAUAGAACGUGGACGAGAAGCUAUAACAUUGAUUCCAAUCGAGAGUCCUGGUGAUCAUGAGUUUGUCUCUGAGCAGUAUGUGGUGGAGAAGGCAUCUGAUGAUGCUGGUAAUGAAACUGAACCUAGGCGUGUUGGGGUUGUGAAAAGUGUCAAUGCAAAGGAGCGGACGGCUUGUGUGAGAUGGCUGAAGCCAGUUCAAAGGGCAGAAGACCCUCUAGAGUUUGAAAAGGAAGAACUUGUCAGCGUCUACGAACUGGAGGGGCAUCCAGAUUAUGACUACUGUUAUGGAGAUGUCGUGAUUAGAUUAUCACCUGUUUCAGUUGCCUUACAAGCAUCUCCUGCUGGAAGUUCUCUAGAGGAGGCAACACAGGAGGACAAUACGCACCAAAUCUCUCAUGGCGCUAAGAAAGUUGAGGAUAAGGCGGAUGGUGAAGCUAAUGUUGACCUUCCAAAUCUCUCCUGGGUUGGAAAUAUUACUGCCCUAAAGGAUGGUCAUAUCGAAGUUACAUGGGCUGAUGGGAUGGUCUCAACGGUUGGCCCUCAAGCAAUUUACGUAGUUGGACGGGACGAUGAUGAUGAGUCCAUUGCUGCUGGAAGUGAAGUAAGUGAUGCUGCUAGUUGGGAAACUGUAGACGAGGAGAUUGGUGCUCCAGACGAUGCACAAGAGGAGCUUGGAAUGGGCAGUUCCAUUGAGAUAACUUCUGAUGCAGAAAUCAGUGGGGAGAACGAUCCCGGGAAGAAUGGUGCCCUUGCGCUUCCUCUAGCUGCAAUUGAGUUUGUGACUAGGCUGGCUAGUGGAAUAUUUUCACGGGGACGAAAAGUUGAUGAUUCUGCCAGUUCUGAUUCUAUUGGUGAAAAUGGAUUCAAGAAUGAAGAAUCGACCAACCCUUCUGACGAAAGGGAUUCCGUUCCUGAUGAAUCUAGUCCUCUGAAAUCUAGUGUCAUUGAUAAUAGUGGCUCGGAAGGCAUUGAAGUGAAGGCUGGGGACCAUUUGAGUGGGAAAAUCCCAACGAAUGCAGGAAAAGAAGCAGCUGAAGCUUCGAACAGGUUAAGUAUCGAAACAUCUGAUGAUCCAGGACAUCCUGAAAGUGAUAAUUACAGUUUCAAACGCUUUGAUAUAUCACAAGAUCCUCUGGACCACCACUUUCUUGGGGAAAACGAGCAGAGAACCAAGGAAAGGAAGUGGCUCAAGAAGGUUGAUCAGGACUGGAAAAUACUACAGAACAAUCUACCGGAUGGAAUUUUUGUUCGUGUUUACGAAGAUAGAAUGGAUCUCUUGAGGGCAGUCAUAGUCGGGGCAUAUGGAACACCUUACCAAGAUGGUCUCUUCUUCUUUGAUUUUCACCUUCCCCCUGACUACCCUAGUGUGCCUCCGUCUGCAUAUUAUCAUUCGGGUGGUUGGAGGAUUAACCCGAAUCUGUAUGAAGAAGGCAAGGUCUGUCUUAGUCUUCUGAAUACGUGGACGGGCAGAGGAAACGAAGUUUGGGAUCCGAAAUCAUCAAGCAUCCUUCAAGUCCUGGUUUCACUCCAGGGGCUGGUCUUGAAUGCAAAGCCUUACUUCAAUGAAGCAGGGUAUGAUAAGCAGGUCGGAACAGCAGAAGGAGAGAAGAACUCAUUGGCAUACAAUGAAAACACUUUCCUGCUUAACUGUAAAACCAUGAUGAAUCUUAUGAGGAAACCACCAAAGGACUUUGAAGAACUUAUCAAAGAGCAUUUCAGAAAGCGGGGAUACUACAUCUUGAAGGCAUGUGAUGCCUAUAUGAAAGGGUACCUGAUAGGUUCCCUCACCAAAGACGCAUCCGUUAGCGAUGAACUCAGCAGUGCCAAUUCAACUUCGGUUGGGUUCAAGCUUAUGUUGGCUAAGAUCUUGCCAAAGCUUUUCUCUGCAUUGACUGAGAAGGGAGCUGAUAGUGAUGAAUUCAAGCAUCUGCAUCUGCAUCAGCAAUAACACAAGCCAUAAUAUACAAAAAUUCUGUUGCAAAAUGAAUCCCCCCGGGCAAGAUUUUGUGGCUUCUUACCACUACAAGCAUCAAAUCCAGGUACUUGUGAGAUGAAUUUUUGAGAUCAAAAGCUGUAUGUUCAUGAUAUGUUACCCCCCUCUCCUCAAGUUUUGCAUGUUGGGCUUUUCAUGGAGGACUGAAAGGACCCUUCUUUUCUUUUUCUUCUUUUUUUGGUCAUAUGGGGGAAAUUGCUGCUAACACAGAUUAUUUUUGAAGUUUUUUUUUUUUCAUAUUUCCUUGUGAGAUCUAGAGCUGUUCUCUUUACUUUGGUUUUCUUUGUUUUUGGAGGCAGACACUGUCAUGGGGCUGGCUGUUCUUGAUCUUGAAUCCUAUUUCUUAGGAAGAAAAACUUUUCAAAGUGUACCUUACUUAUGUAAAAGAAACUUCUUGCCAAAGAAAAGAUUCGCGUUUUGGUUCU